AUGGAGUUGGUGAAGGUCCUUCUGCGUCACGGGGCGGACGUUAACUUCAAGGAUAUUCACGGACAGACAUGUUUGUUUUACGCUGUCAACGCGGGAUUUACCGAGAUGACCAAGCUGCUUGUCGAGAUGAAAGCAGACAUCCUCAUCAAGGAUCUCGGUCAAAGGACAGCAACGUUCUAUGCCAGAAAAAACGGACCGCUCAAAGCGGAAAGUGCCAUUCGCUAC